AUAGUAUACCAUUUCUGAUUUGUGAGCCCAUUAUUACCUCAAAUCUCUCUUGAAGGUGCUAAUUAGCAUUUUCUUUUUUGUGUGUGUUUUCUUUUUUUUUUUUUUGGAAUUAUCUUCCUCAUCCUUGCUAUUAGUUUCCUCUUGGGCCUUUUUCUUUUUCAUUUUUUAAAAUUUAUAUCUUGAUCUUCCUCUUUUAUUUUAGAAACUUAGUGUCUGGUUAUCCAUAGAUGCUGGUAAUGUUUAAAACUGCGACAAUGGAAUACUGUUUUUGAGCUCUGCAUUUAUGGGGAUAGGGAAAGUGGGGGGAGGGCAUCUACUGUUCUCAGAAAAUAUAAAUUUUCUUUGAAUUGCUCUGUUUUUAUUUCCUGUCUCUUUAGCUCCUUCAGAUCUCGAGUUUCCUAGUUCUGCAUAGUUAGGGCUUUCUCCUGGCAUAACAGCUUCACUCCUCAUCCAGGACAGUAUCUUGUGAGCUUACUUUAGGCCGCUUCUGCUUUUACUCUGUUUCAUCAGUUACCACGUUUUCAUUUGUUUUCCAUCUUCCAGAAGUUAAAUUUGUGUGUCCACAGAUAGUCCUCUCUUCCAUUCUCUUUCUCAUUGUCAUUUUAUGUCAGUUUAUUAUUUUACUACUUCAGAGGGAUCUCCCUGUAGGGAAAGGUGGUAAGUAGAUAUUAUUAGUUAACCAACUUGAAUUAUUGGAAGCCCAGAUAAUAUGAUUUUAAUGGAAAAGGUAUGGGAGGAGGGGGAGGAAGUGGAAGAGAAUGUAAUAAAUCCCAGGGUAAGGAAAUAGUGUAAACAAAGUUUUGGAAACAGUAGAUAUGAGGCAAGUUCUUUUUCACUUGAUCCAGAAGAAUUCCUCUUUAUAGUAUUAUAAUACACAAUCACUAAAUACUUGCUGAAUGAAUAAAUGAAGAACUUAAAUUUUCACCAGAUUGAUGAUUUACUUUUCUUUCAGGAUCAUCUUAAAAAUGACUAUAGGAGAAGAUUCUGCCGAUCUUCCAGGGCACCUGACAUUAAUACGGAGCAAGGCCAGAAUAUACUGAAAACCUUACUAGACUGUUUUGAAGAAAAAAGUCUUGCCAAUGAUUUUAGCACAAAUUCUACAAAAUCAGUGCUUUAUUCAACACCUAAAAUAAAAGACAUUUGUAUUCAGUCACCAAGCAAAGAGACUCAGUGCCAGAAAUCACAUUCAAAGUCAGACCCAGUUUCUUCAAGAAAGAAUGAAGCUUCCCUACAGUUAAUUAUAGAACCAAGUGAAGUUGUCAACAAAUCAGUUCAGGCCCAUGAGGUUCAUCAGAAAAUUUUGGCAACUGAUGUUCAUCCUAAAACUACAUCUGACUCAAGAAAAAUGUCAAAUAAAAAACUAAAAGAUCAUCACAAUGAAGCUGAUGAGGAAUUUUACUUAUCUAUUGGUUCACCUUCUGGUCUUUUGGAUGCAAAAGCACCUUUAUUGCAAGAGGCUGUUCCGUCUGCUGCCCAAAAGAGAGAGACCUACACUUCUGAAAAUUCAGUAAAUAUGCUGCCUUCAAGCACAGAGAUUUCUCAUAAAACCAAAAAAAGGUUAAACUUUGAAGAUAAGGAUGUUUUGAAGAAAGUAGACAUAGCAAAUACAGUAUCAGAGAUAGAGGAUAAAAUACCAGAAGGAUCACAAGAGAGUAAACAGUCAGGAACAUCUCAAAAAAGAAUACAAGAUUCAAAAUAUGAAAAUCAACCACAAGCUAGAAAGAGUUUUUCAACAAUGUUUUUAGAAACUGUAAAAAAAAAAAGUGAAUCCAGUUCUGUUGUUAGGCAUAUAGCAACUGCUCCACCUCACUUAUCUCCUACAAAUAAUACGAAGUUAUUAGAAGAUGAAUUUAUAAUUGAUGAAUCAGAUAAAAGUUUUGCCAAUGAGUCUUGGAUUACUAUACCAAGAAAGGCUGGGCCUCUGAAACAACACACAGUAUCCCCUGCUGAGAGCACUGCACCCCUUCAAAGGAAGAAGUCAAGAGAAAAACAUGACAAUGUAUCAUCUGCAACUUUCACAAGUAACAAACAUUCUGGCAAAGCUCACUCAGUAGAGAAAUCUCAGCCCUCUGAACAAAAAAUACUGGGUAAGAGUUGUGCUUUGAUGGAUGAAAUGGAAAAUAAUUGCAAAUCUACAAAAUAUGAAAUGUAUCCUGAGAAUGCAAAAAAAUCAUCUGGAAACAAAAGGACUGUAAAACAAAAACAGGGAAGAAAAUUUAAGGCCAGUGUAGUUGAAGAACAAGUUGUUAUGGAACAGUCUAAAGAUAAAAAUAUAAAUAAAUCACGUGUUGCUCAAGACAAGUUACAAAGAAAUUCAGACCGAAAUACAGAAGAGUGUGGAGAGAGAAAUGUUCAAAUUUCCCCAAAACAGUUGCUACCUGUGGGAAGCAAGAAAGGUAACACCAGUGUUCCUCAUACAGAGAAUCAGAAAAAAGAUAAGGAAUGCAAAAAGAAGUGUUUUUCAGGUGGGUCCAAGAAGAACAAAAUUGCACCUGAAGAAGUUACUUCAACUGUCACAAGAAGUCGAAGAAUUUCCAGGCGUCCAUCUAAUUGGUGGGUGGUAAAAUCAGAGCAGAAUCCUUUUUAUAGCAAUUCUUCAAUAAGAAAUGAAUUGUCAGUGUAUCACAACAGUAGACGAAAACCUGCUGAAGAAGUAAACCAAUCAUCUAAGAAUAUUGGGAAAAAAACUGUCCCAUUGAAAAUGCAGAAGAGAGCUGCUAAAGGCAGCUCAAGAGCACAGAAAGUUUUAAAUGCUAAAGAUUCUGGAGGAAUUAUUGACCAUGAUGGAAUUUCCAGUUGUCCCCAGAAUGAGUCUUUGGAAGGUGAUGAGGCAGACUUGGCUAAGAAGAAAAACCUUGAUCCUUCUGGAGAUACAGGAAGCUCAAAGGAUCAAGAUAGUAUGGCUGCACAAAGUGUGCAUCUAAAGUCUCAGAUCAAUGGAUAUACAUGCAAGACACCAGCAGAGUCUAACUUGGAUUCUGGAGAGCCUGGGACCUCAGUUUUGGAAGGGAGUGGACCUUCCAGGCUCAAGAAUUAUUUAAUGUCUGGGAAGAAUAAUUUGGAUGUGGAUGAUAAUGAAGUUCAGGAAAGUUCAGAUGAUUCGAGAGUAAAAAGAUCUAACUCGACACCAGAGAACAAAAUGCAUCACAAAUUAGUAUUGCCCUCCAACACACCAAAUGUUCGCAGGACUGUGAGAACACGAUCAAAACCUUUGGAAUACUGGCGAGGAGAGCGUCUAGAUUAUCAAGGAAGGCCAUCAGGAGGAUUCGUAAUUGGUGGAAUACUUUCCCCAGACACAGUAUCAUCUAAAAGGAAAGCAAAAGAAAACUUGGGAAAAGUCAACGCAGUAGAUAAUAGGAAAAGGAUCUGUCUUGAUAAUGAUGAAAGAAAGAAUAAACUUGUGGUAAACCUGAAUAUACCUCUUGGAGAUCCUUUGCAGCCAACGAGGGUAAAGGACCCUGAAACAAGAGAGAUUAUUCUUAUGGAUCUUGUGAGGCCACGAGAUACAUAUCAAUUUUGUGUUGAACAUGGUGAGUUAAAAGUAUAUAAAACAUUGGAUACACCCUUUUUUUCUACUGGAAAAUUGAUACUAGGACCUCAUCAAGAAAAGGGAAAGCAACAUGUUGGCCUUGAUACAUUGUUCAGUAAUAAAGAAGUUAAAAGACUACUUCAAAGUCAUAUAACUAGUUUGCAGCAGAUUGAGGACUGGGAGCGAGUUGCUUCAUUCUAGAUAAUCAGUAAGAGAGAAAGUAGCACAGAAGAAUUAACAAAUUAACCAUGGGAGUUGGUUGUGGAGCUCUACUAGAAGACAAAAGGAUAUCAAGAAAUGGAAAAUAUGAAAGUUUAGUGAUACGAAGAACAGAAAAAAAAAAACCAAAAACCAAAACAGAAGGAGUUAAAAUCCAAAUGACCAAAAGGUAGAAAUACUUGAAAAAAUAUUUCCAGACAAUAAUUGCUCCAGAACUAAAAAACAAAGUGACAGCAACACAUUAAAGGAACCAGAGUUCCUUAGAGAGAUGUCUGAUUUCAGGCCCGGGCUGAGCUUGAAAUUUUAUUAUACCUGACAGCAAACUGUCAAAGACCAUUAAGAUUGGCUCGUAAGAUCUCAGAAUCGAACUUGAAGACACACUACCUGGACAAAGAUGCGAAAACUUGAGUAUCAAUAAGAAUAACUUCAGUGGAUUGAUAUACAUCAAUUAUAUCUAAAUCUGUGAAUUUCUAAGACUACUACAAAAAGAAAAACUUAAUUCAACACUGUUGAAGAAUUCUAGGAAGCCAACCCUUAACAACAAAUAUGGUAAAUAAAGGGAAAUAAUUAAACACUUAUUCUGCUGUUCUCAAAUAAACUGUACUAUUAGGUAACCAAAUGAUAAAUGAGGGGAAUUUUAUCCUUCUUGGUAAUAUUCCAUUUUAACAUUCCUUCUUCAUUUAUUAAUUAGAAUAUUUCUAUUCCAAUUAAUAUUUCUGUUUACAACACCUGAUAAAUUAUUGGAUCUAUGAUCAGUGUCUGCUAACAUCUAAAAAGUGUAUGACCAGAAAUUAUGUGCCUUCAAAUGGAAGUAUACAACACUGUCUAUGAAGUAAUCUUGCCUCCCCUACCUCUUAAAAAACAACAACAAUAAAAAAAACACCUCACACACACCACCACCUGAAUUUGAUAUAGUCCUUAGAACUACCAAUUCAUAGGAAAUAAAGAAUACCGGAAUCUUAAAAAAAAGGACACAAAUGAACUACUUAUGAUUUAUAACUUAAAUGACUGAUUUCUUGAAAAUGUGUAAGCACAUUUGACUGUCCUUUGUGAUUGGAUUACUGCAUUCUGUUGAUUCUUAUUUUGUGAUUGGCUUUAUUCCUUUGAUAACUAUGCAAGUUUAAAAAGCUAAGGCUCUAAACUGUUCUUAGAAGUAAUGAACAGUACAUGUAUGUAAAUUUAAAAAUAUGUGCAAUAUAUUGUAUAUAUGUAUUUACAUGCAAUACAUUGUAUAUGUGCAGUCAAAUUGUAUCAUUUUAGCUAAUAAAACUGAAAAAUGAUUAAAAAAAAAUAGCAGACUUUUCAAAUGACACCCUGGGGUUAUAAUCAGCAAAAUCCAGCUGUGUAAAGAUUUUUAAAACAAAUUUUGUUUCUUGAUUUCUUUAAUAAAUAAACUGCAAGGAAUUAAAAAGAGAGAAUCAGGUGGAAUGUAUAGAUCAGGGUUCUCAACCAUGGCACUACUGAUAUUUUGGACUGGACAAUUCUUUGUUGUAGGGAGACUGUCCUGUGCAUUCUGAGAUGUUUAGAAGCAUCCCUGACCUCUACCCACUAACUUCCAGUAGUAUCCCUUUAGUUACGAGAAUUAAAAAUGUCCCCAGCCAUUGCCAAUUGUCCCCUGAGGAGCAAAAUCGCCCCCAAAGUGAGAACCAUUAUAGAUUGAGUGAUUUAAAAGGUAGAUCAAGUAGUGACCAUGUGUGCCUCUUAUUUGGAUCUUGAUUCAAAUCCUUAAAAAUAUGAUAUUUAAAAGAUAAUUGGAAAUUAGAAUACUGAGUCGGCAUUUGAUAGUAUACAUCCAUUUAUUUUUAGGUGUGAUAACAGUGUUGUGGUCAUGUUUUUAAAAAGGACUUUGCUCUUUUAGCACACAUUGAAAUAUUUAUAGGUGAUUUAUGAUGCUAGGCAUUCACUUCCAACUAAUAUGGCAUGGGGAAAACAGACUCUGAAUAAAGCAGGUUAUUGGGGUUUGAUAUUUAUUCAUGGGAGUUAAUCAUUCUAUUUUUGUGUAUUUCAAAAGCAUUCUUAGUAAAAUGUUUGCAGAAACAGGUAUGCCUAGAAGCGCCAAACUGAAUAGAUAAUGAAAAAACGCCUAGAAAUAUAUAUGCUUGACUUUCUGGGUAGUGUGUGUAUUACCUUUUUCUAUUUUUUCAGGCAAAACUUUUUGGCUAUAAUAAAAAAAUACUUAUUUUAUUAAGUUAUAAGAGGACCUUUAGAAACACUUUAUGAACUUUUUCCAUUUACGGGGUAUAUUGUAGGGGCUAAGAACAUGGAUUCUGGAAUCAAAUGCCUGAGUUCAAAUCCUAGCUCUUCCAUUUACACUGUCACCUUGGAAAGUUACACCCCUCUGUACGUCAUUCUCUUCAUCUGUGAAAAGCUUUUAAAAUAGUAUCUAUCUCAUUGGUAGAUGCAUACAUUGAAUGAGUAAAAGGAAGUGCUUAGAACAGUGGCUGGCAUGGAAUAAGUGCUAGAUCCUAAGUGCUUGUUGCUCUUGUUUUUCUGGUAUUUUAGGUUCAUAUUUUUUUAAUAGUAGUAAGAAAAGAGAAAGGAGGAGGAGGCAUAAUCCUCUGAGGCAAAAUAUUCUUCAUGGCUGAAUCUCAAAAUUUGAAUCUCAAAGUUUGAAAGGCCCUACAUUUUGUAUUUAGUUGUCUAAAAAACAGGUCAUUGCCAGAUGCUAUCUAUGUAUAAAAUGUAAAAAUUUGCCAUGUUUGAAUACGGAAGCCUGUAUGACUGAGUGCUACAUUAUCCUUUUUUAUUUUCUUAAUGUUGAUUCUUGUUUAAAUGUAUAAUUUUUUUUUCUUUUUAUUCUUUGAUUUGUCCGAUUAAGUUGCGUGUCCCAAGCAUGUAACCUUUAAAGAGGUGCACAUAAAACUUAGCUAUUUUUCUAGUAUAUCUAAGUGAUAUUACAGUGGUUGUUCUGAAUUUUCAUAAACUAGUAAAUAAAAAGGAAGAGCAAAAGAAAUUUCUUCCUGUAUUUGUUUUCUGUUACUUCUGUAACAAAUUACCACAAACUUAAACAACACUCACUUAUUAUCUCACAGUUUUGUAGGUUAAAAAUUGAGUGGGCUUGGCUGAGUGCUCUGUUUAGUGUCACAAGACUGGAAUCAAGAUGUUGGGAGAUCUGCAUUCCUCUCUGAAGGCUCUUAGAAUAAAUCUGCUUUCAAAUUCAUUCAGGUUGUUGGCAGAAUUCAGUUUCAUGUGGCUGUAGGACUGAGGUUCCUAUUUGUUCACUGGCUGUUGGCCAGGGUGUCCUUCUCAGCUUCUAGAAAUAGCCUACACUCCUUGGCUCAUGCCUCUCUUAUCUAUAGCACUAGCAACAGUGAAAGUCCUUCUCAUGCUUCAUAUUUCUCUGACUUCUCCUCUGCUUCAUCUCUCCUCUACUUCCAGCAGGAGAAAUUUCUUACUUUCAAGUAAGGCUCAUGUGAUUAGAUAAUCCAGGAUAAUUGCACCAUCUCAAGGUCUCCUUUGCCAUGUAACAUAACAGAUCCUAGAGAUGAGAGCGUGGCCAUCUUUGGAGGUCUGUUAGUCUGCCUACCACAUUUACUUUAAGUUUCUUUGGAGUGUACUUGUGGUGUUACAAUUUGAAAUGAGACUUAAUUUUUAAUU